AUGCCUUCAACGACGUGGCUCUCGCGAUCCCAUUGGGACGCCCUGUCACCUAUUCGGCAGCUCAAGCACGCGUCGUCGUCGAAGAGCGCGCGCGCGCUCGGUGCCAGCACCCUCUCCUCGACGACCGCGCCUCGAGGCUACCUGCCACCUCCUUCCGCCACUCCCCGCGACUCGCCUGCACCCGCCGCGCCCUCUACGCCCAUUCGGAGGCCCGUGGGAACCGCGCGAUCGCACGAGCGCCCGAGCGCGGUGGACGCGCGGCCCUCGGCGCUCGACCGUCGCGUUGACCCUCACCGCGACCUCCCCCCUCCGCCUCUCUCGCGCCCCGCCGCCUGCUCGACGCGCCAACCGGACUGCGAGGACGAGCGACGGCUCCGCUCUCCUCGCAGCCGACCGGCCCCAGCUCACGACCCGAGCGACGACCCGCGCGCGCACGCGCGCUCCCAACGCGAAGACGACCGACCGCCCCGCAGCGCGACGCGCAACGAGACGGCCCGCGCCCAUGCGCAACGCGACACGCCGUCGACACGCGCGGUCUCGCCGCGCUGGUACGAGGAGGCCCGGACGCGCGCGUUCCGUUCUGAACGCGAGCGCGAAGCCGCCGCGCAAACUGCGCGCACGAACCUCCCGGGGCACCGGACGGGGGCGCCACGCGCCGCGAGUACGAACCUCCGCGGAGGACCGCCGGAGGAGCUGCCCGGAGAGGGGUCAGCUGGGCGAACGACGGAGAGAGGUCGAGGUCGAGCGGGCAUGGGAGCAUUGGUGAGUACCCACGUCCCUUCGCCUGCUAGGCUCUCCUCUCCACCCUGUCCACGCGUACCCCCUGCGUACCUGCUCCCGAUCGACGCGCUCGCGCUCGUCACGCGCAGCGCACUCUCUGCGGUUCCCUCCUCCUCACCCGACGCGCCUUCGCGCGCCGCGCCUGCAUCGUCGCUUGGCGCACCACCACCCAAGCCAGCCACGCGUGCCCUCUCGCCGUGCUCGCAGGGGCGAGCCGAGGUGCACGCGUACUUCGCGGCUCAAGCCCAGGCGUUCGAGCAACGUCAACGAGAACGCGCUCUCGCGCAACGUGACAACUCGCCCGCUCGUCCUUUCCCGCUCGAUGCUCCAUCGCCCGAGCAUCCGUCCGCCGACGGCGCUCUCUCACCGCGCUCGCGCGCGCGAGUCGAGGUACGCGCGCACCACGAGCGCAAGAACCAAGCUGCCGAGGCAGCUUGGAGAGCACAUCAGGCAAGGUGGUCACCGGAUCGCUGGCCCAGCGCACCCGUCCCUCUAACGCCGGCUCCCCCGCGUGCACACCGCGCGUCCAUCCCUCCAGUCGACGCGCCCCAGCCGACGCGCGAUCCCCGCGCCGACGCGCCGUCGUCUCGCGGCCUGGCGGGGCCCACCUCUGCGUCGCACCCUCGCCACUCAUCCGACACGCGUACACCCGUUGAGCGCGCACACCGACCUCCACCUCACUCGCGCCCCCUCGACUGCGCGGCAGGUCAAGCCCCGCCGUCACGCGAUAAUCGAGACAGCGACGAGGGUGUGCAAUCGCACCGCACCCCUCGUUACUGUACAGCUGCCACAGGAGAGCUAGAACAGCGCCUCCGCGCCCACGCUUCACGCGACAACGAGCGGACAGUCGACGGCGCGACUCGCGAACCAGCACCAGCCCACGCACAGUGCGAGCAAUCGCCCGCCCGUGCUCGAGUACACGCACACCACGCGCUAGAAGGCCCGGUCGUUGCGCAAGCCGUGAGGGUGCGCGACGCUGCGCAUUCAACGGAAUACACGCCUGCUAGUCCGCAAACCGCCCCGGCCCGUUCGUCUGGGGGGCCCGUUUGCGCAUCCUCAACAAGGAGAGAUGCUGGGGCGACGGGUAUACGAGAAGGCACGGAUGCGGUGAGCACCCGUCCCGCGCACCGUCUUCCCUCGCAUGGCUCAAGCGUGCCCGCCGAACGUGCAUGUCGCCCGCCCUUGACCACCCGCGAGAAGUCGGUCUCGGGCGACCUACGGGAGGGCUGCCGAGCUGAGCGAGAUCAACGCGCGCUCGGUAGCCUCUCCUCAUCCGCCACCUCAGCACGCAAAGGCAAGCAAGCCCGUGUUUAUGCCCCCUCCCUCGACGCGGCCGGCUCCACCUCGACUCGCAGACCAGUGCCUGCAAACGACGCGCGCGCUCCCUCAGAGCAUGCCCACCACCCUCCAUUGCCCACGUGCUCGCGCUCGCGCCCUUCCUCGCACUUGCUUUCGAACGGCGUGCAAAUCGCUGUGUCCGACCGGCAAGCGCGCGCGUGCACACUUCCUCUGAUUGACUGCGGGGACGAGCGAUCCUUCCGCUCUCCUCACGGUCGGCCGGCCCCAACUGAUGCGCCACGCAAGGAUCGCUGCGCCCGCGCCCAGCGUGAAGUUGCUCAACCUUCAGGUGAAGCUUCUUGCGAGACGCGCUCCUCCGGCGCGCCGCGCCAGAACCGGCCCAACGGCAACGCUACGCCGCGCGAACAUUGGCCAGCCCCGGUGCGCACGGGCCAAGAGUUCGAAGCCAGCUUGCGAUCCGUGCAGGCAAACACGUCGAGUCACCCGAGCAGCACACUCCCCGUCGCGAGUACUAACCGCCAUGACGGUUCGUGUGGGAGACACUCCCCUCCCUCGCCAUUGAUGCCGGGUAUGCUCGACGCCUGUCCGCCCUCCGCUUGUUCGCCCUCGGUCUCGACAGAUAUGCACAGCUCCCCGCCUUCCCAAGCAAUCAGCCUACCUGCCAAUGUGGAGCCCUCUAGUCUCCCUCCGCGACGCGAAAACCUCGCGCAGUUCUGGAGCAGCUUCCUGCGGAAACCUCAGGUUUCGGCAAACCUCACGACAUUCUCCCCGGUCGCGCCGCGACCACCAAACGUCAAGUUCACGGGCAGCCCGGCCCCCCAAUCAAGGGUUCCAAGCCCACGAACUCUUACACUUGGUGCAUCCAGCGGAGAGGGGCAGGCAGCCGCUCCUUUGUUGCCUGUUACGCCGAGCGGAGAGGAACAGGCCGCUCCUACCAUCGCAAGCCGAGAGGAGCAGCCCGCUCCUACGUUGCCCGCGACUUUGGCGGCCGCUCCUACGCCCGCGACUCUGGCGACCGCUCCUACGCCCGCGACUCUGGUGGCCGCUCCUACAGCCGUGACUCCGGUGGCCACUCCUGCAUUGCCCACGACUCUGGUAGCUGCUCCUACAUUGCCCGCGACUCCGGUGGCCGCUCCGGACAGUACAUCCCAUCCCCCCUCGUUGUCGUCGUCGUCGUCGUCGUCUGGUGACAUGAUGGCUGUGCCUCAUAUGCCAUCUGUGCCUAGCCUCUCUCUGUCCGACAUGCUCUCGCGUGACGACGCAGACGACAUCGACUAUACCGCCAUUGCCGAUCAGUACUUCGACAUGAACCCGGGUUCCGUCAACCUUCUGAACGCCCACACUAUACCAUCCGCGCCCCAAUUCUCUGCCUUGGCCGCUCAGGCGCCGAUGGCUUCAUGGCCCACUGGUGGUGGUGAACAGCUAGAUGGCCGUUUUCAGAACGCCAACUGGACGGACUUGAACCCAACGGCGCCACCGUUCUUCAUGCACGAGCCCGGUAUGUCGUCUAUGGUAAUGCCGGUCCCGCAGGAUGUCCCAUCCUCCUUCUCGAACGGCACUUCGUUGACGGCAAAUCAUCUGACUCCGUCUACGAAUUUCCCCUCCUCAUCUACGAACUUCACUCAUCCCACCUUCAACUUCCCGCCGGUACACAACCCCUGGAACCCCGUCCCGCUACAGUCUCAGCCCAUGACUUCCGGGCCAUACGUGCCUGCACGAGGGCCAAGCACGUCUGCCGGUGUAAUGCCCAUAGGUGUCGCAGAACCUGGCGCACCUUCAUUCCCAACAGCUCAAUCUUCAUCUCCAUCAGUCUCCGGACCAUCGCAGGCACUGCCUCGUUCGAGCGUCGCACCCGGGACUACACCUGCAUCUUCGUCGAACAGGGCGGUACAGGGGGCGAUGGGCACGCCACCUAUGGCCAUGAACGAUUCAAGCUCGGCACCGGAGGUUGCACGGCCGGCUGAUUGUCAGGCCUUGACGCUCGCUUCAGCUACGCAGCACGCUGCUGAGACUUCCGCGUCGCAGAGGCGGGAACCGCUAGUUGAAGCAGUGAGCGCGCCCUCUACGUCUCCGACUUCCACGCUGCCGGAGGCUGUGUCCACGUCGUCCCCGCCACCCGCGUUUUCCGCUCAGCAUGUCCAGCCGGGUUCGAACGUACCGAGUGGAAGCGAUGAUUCAUUGGCCUCAAAGGGCGCCUCUACGUCGGGAGCCGUGGAGACAGCAUCUUCAGCGACAGUACCUGAAGUUAUUACAGAUGGCAAUGGUGACGGUCGGAGUCGGCCCAAGCGUGAACGCCGCGCACCACCACGCCGUGACGAGUCUCCUGUUAGGCCAAGCAAGAGGAAGGAGCUGCCAGCGAGUGCGGAGACGGGAGUGAUGGAAAAGAAGAAGCGAGGAGGUGCAGGGUCGAUGAAAUCGCAGGCAGCUAAGACCCACAAGUAG